GUCCCAGCCCCGCUCGGACGCAGGAGCGGAGCGGCGGCAGCGUGUCAGCGGGGAAAGGCUGCCCGCAGCCCGAGGGCUGCCCGCGGCGGGGCGGGGGGCUCCGGCCAUGGCUUUCACCAUGCUGCGUCCCAUGGCUGCCCGCGUGCUUUACCCCGACAUCGGCAUGCUGUCGGAGGACGAGGAGAACCGCAGCGAGAGCGACACGUCGGACCAGUCCUACGGCUGCUGCGAGGGCGCGGAGGCGCGGCGCAAGGUGCCCAGGAAGACGGGGCCCAUGGUGAUGGUGAAGCAGCGGCAGGCGGCCAACGCGCGAGAGCGGGACCGGACCCAGAGCGUCAACACCGCCUUCACGGCCCUGCGGACCCUCAUCCCCACCGAACCCGUGGAUCGGAAGCUGUCCAAGAUCGAAACGCUGCGCCUGGCCUCCAGCUACAUCUCGCACCUGGCCAACGUGCUGCUGCUGGGCGAGGGCUGCGAGGACGGGCAGCCCUGCUUCAGUGCCAUCUACGGGGCCAAGGGCGAUCUGGACAGCAAACAGCCUCGCAGCAUCUGCACCUUCUGCCUCAGCAACCAGCGGAAGGGGGGCGGCCGCAGGGACCUCGGGGGCAACUGCCUGAAGGUGAGGGGGGUGACCCCGCUGCGAGUGGCACGGAGAUGAGCCGGGGCCACCAGCACCCGCAGGAGAACGGCGGCAGAGCCUGUCACAGCCAGCCCCAGAGACCGCAGCGGGAGGGAGGGAGCUGCCCGCCAGCCGCAGGCGAUGGGGCACAGCAGGGCCAUGGGCUGGCACCGCACCGACACCAGAACCGGCACCAGCACUGCAGCGAGAGGACGCUACUAGGGCUGGGAGAAAGGGGUCCCGCACCCCUGGGAUGGUCCGAUGGGGUGGGCUGGGAUGAGCAGCCCGCACAUGGCCGGCGUCGAUGAGCUCGGGGGGGGGAUGGCGGCACAGCCCCGCAGGCGCUGUUGGUGCACGUGCAGCCACUUGGAAAAUAAACCUUAUUUUUCUGA